UUGAACCGUAUCAAGAAUGAUUGUAUUUUUGUUGACUUCGUGAUAUAGUAGAUCCAUCAUUAUUAUAAUUGAAAAAAUAUAUAUAAAUUCUUAGGUACAAUAAUGUUGGAUGUACCAGGGGUAUCACCCACGGGUAUCCGAAACCCACAGAUACAGGGAUGAGCUUACGAACCGCAUGGGUAUGGGGCGGGUAAGGAUUUGGAUAUUUAAAACGGGGAUGUGGAUGGUUUAGACAAACCCGCCCCAUUGUCAUCCCUAUUGAAAGUACUCUCCUCGAUCUGACAUGCUCUCAUCUCCCUAUUUUCCAAUUGUUUCUGUCUAAAUUACAUGUAAUGACUCAACUUGUAUAGGAUUUUACUUUUAUUAACUCAUAUUUUAGUUUUAAUAAUUCUACCUGAUGGACCCAGUAUUCAACCGACAUCAAAAUACGUCAUUUUACCAUGAAUGUUUUAUGGAUCUCAGUAAACACGUCAUUCACAAUACAUACAUUCAUCUGAAAAAUUCCGUUCAUUUCUACAUGGUACAAGGGUAUGGACAUUGUUUUUACUUGUAAAAACAUUUUCACUCACAAAGUAAGCACAAUUGCACUCCUUCAUCCAUUAACCCACACUUGGAAAGGGAUAUUAUGAGUGAUGGUGAGUGUCAAAUUUACUCCCUUCCAAUUAAGCAAAUUAACAUAAGCCAACCCUUCUUUUGGCUUCAUCCACGUUGCUUUUGGGGAGAAAGAUAAAUGAUGCUCCUCUUGUCUUCUAUUUUCCUAGCUCCACCAAUCACCCUCUCCAUUUUCAUGUAGAAAAUAUAAUUUGUUUAUUUGAGAGAUGAUCCACCAGAAUUCUAUCUUCACAUAAUCUUUCCAAGGGGCUAUAAUGAUAGACAUGGCAGUGCCACCAUCUCAACUCCCUCCAACAAACAAAGCUACAUGGCAUGCAAUAUAUUUACCAUUUACAUGAAUGAGGUGUUUAAGUGGUGUUUCCCUGUGAGAAACUUGCGUUGAAAAUAAAUUGAUUGCACCUUUGACUUCUUUGGACAACGAUCACUAAACACGGUUUACACCUCUUCAAACACAGUUCGAACGAGGGUGUUCGAUGUUUACACGACUCUCGAGACAGAUCUACAUUAAGUUACUCCUACUCCUAUGGAGGUUCUGAGAGAGCUCCAGAUCUACGACUAUCGAUAAAAAUUUGCAGAGGAAAGAUAAGAUUGAUAAAACUUGACAAGUGGUGUCGAGUGGUAAUUUUUGCGGGCCUCUCUCUGUCGCUCUAUCCUCUUAUUUAUAGCCUUGAGUGGGUAACUGUCGUAGAAAAACUGCCUCGGAUAACUUCCAAAAAGAACUGCUCCCUGCUUCUUCGGAACGUGGCUGACGUGUCCUUUGAACGUGGGAUGAGUAGCAGUUAUCUCUCAACCGCCUAUGUGCCUCUCUUGAAACCGUCGUAGGAGCUUGUAGCAUGCCUCAUAUAUCACGGUCAUGGACUUCUUUACUCAUGUCCAUGGCCCUCUUGGGACUUAGUCUCUAGUGAUAUAAUAUUUCAUCCCCAUGUCAUUCUCCUUCGCGUGAUUGGCCCCUCUCGUGAGGCGGCAUGGCCUCUCAGAAUUAUCAUAUGGCAUGGCCUCUUGUUUGCACUCAUGGACCUCUCAAUCAUGGACAUGACCUCCCUCAUGAAGCAGCAAGUCCUUCCCUAUACUUAGAAUAUUUUCGGUUAUUUGAUUUAGAUCAUGAGGCGGCAUUGCCUCUUUAUUCGCGACCAUGGACUUCUUAUUCAUGUAUGUGGCCUCUUCCGUUGGAAGGCAUUGGCCUCCUCAUACUUAGUAUUUUUCACGCGCCCAGGUCCUCUUGUCUCGUGUCCAUGGCCGUCACAUAUGACACGGCCAUGGACAUCUUAAUCAUCCACAUGGCCCUAUAUUCUCAUACUUAGAAUAUUUUUUGUCAUACCGGGCCUUCCUUGAGAUAGCAUGUGCUUCUUUAUUCUAUAUGGACGUGUUCUUCUUUGAUGAGGCGGCAUGGCCUCUUCGUUGAGGCAGCAUGGCCUCUUCCGGACUUAGUUAAAUUUUCACUCAUUCGGUCUUAUUGGUGAGGCGGCAUGUCCUUCUUUAGACUUAGUGGCUUGGGCUUAAAAUCAAUAUCCAUAAGGCCCAACUAAAACAACAUUAAUUGUUAUAAUGGAGGUGGCCUUAUAAACUCAAUAAUUAUUUUGUAACUCACCAAUGUGGUACAAGACAACUUUUAUGGUGUAAACAAGUGGUGUGCUAGCUAAUUGUUUACCUCUAGCCACUCACUACCCUUCUUUCUCAUUCAAUGACACAUUGGAGAAGCCAAGCAAGUAAAGCUUGUCCUUUCUUCCAACAUUUAACCUCUCUUAGUGGAGGUGUCAUCAAUCCCACACAAGCAAACCCUUGUACCCUUCCUCUCCAUUUGCACGUGGAAGAUGAGUGACCAUGUUGUUGUUUUUUUCCAUUGCUUAAACGAACUAAGGGAAUUCACUUUCUGUUUUACCACAACCAAACUCACUCCCCAUCAACCUAUACGUGGAGAAGGAGUUUCUCCAUCAAGGUGAGUACUUUACUUCCUUUCUUCUAUCAUACUUAAUUAGUUAAAGUAGCCAACCAUCCAUUGCAUUCGGUUGAUUGGGUGUAAAUGUAUUAUUUUUAUUUUAUUAUUAUUCACACGCCAUCUACGCCAGAAGCAGGAGGCACCUAUAAAUAGGACGCUCAUUUAUGCUUUCUUGGCAGUUCAUUUUGGAGUUGAACUUCUAAAUCUCUCUCAAGAGUCGGCUCAAUAUGCCGCUCCCGGUUACUCUCCUCUCAAUACUGACAUUGAGCUUCGGAGAAGGUCCCCGCCGACACACCGCCGGCGGGUCCUUUUGUUUUGCAGGUGUCCAUCUCGGAGGCUGGUGGCGGAUGUUGGCCAGGAAGAUCGGCGCUCACCGGACCUCAAACACAUUGAAGCAGGCUCCUCGGAGCUUGGCAUCAACACUACCAAAAAAAAAUAUUUUAGUUUUAAUAAAGUUGUGAAUAGGUGAGAUGUUAAUUCCUACAAAAACUUAAAUACAUGUAUCAUGUUAUAGUUUGUUAUUUUCCUUUUAAAUUUGCACACAUGUGAGUCGACAUGUCGGCCACUCGCGCCCAUGUUACUCAACCUGCCACGGAAUAAUUAUGGGUAUCGAGAUACUCACCUCGACCUGCACAUAAUCACUCCUAAUUACUAAGUAAAAAAAACUAAAAUAAAAUAACACAUAUCAAUUUCUACAAUUAACAGUAAUUAUCUAUUCUAGAAGCCAGGAAAUUAGUCUCAUCGACAGAUCAAAACCAUGCCAUUAUCAUUAAGAAAAUAGUUUAAUGAGUAAUUUUUUUGAAUCCAUGACCAUGAGGGUUAUAUACUUAUAUCUAUAAAACAAUUACUUAAGCACUGAAUGUAACUGUAGGAGAAAACUAUUCAUACAUCCUCUGCAAUUUUUUUUUUUUUUUGCAUUAAUGGAGGCUAACGCCAAGAAAAAGAGGACAACAGGGGGAGGUGAAAAGAGAGGAACUAAAUCUCGGGGGGAAUCACAACUCGCCGCUCAAAAGACAUCCCCUGGCUAUCCUCCUGAAGCACUAUAUCGAGCUCGGAAGGAGGACUAACAAGUUCAUGCAUACCGUAGGGAUAGACGAGACUGUGCUUCGAGAGCCAGUCCGCGGCUCUAUUCCUUUCCCGGUAUGUGUGAACAGUGUUAAUCAACCAAUCCUGCUCAAUGCGCCGCCGGAUCGAAUUCAACAACGCAGCGUGAGGGUGAAUAGGGUCCUGGCGAUCCUUAAUCAACUGAAUAGGAUAUG